GACUGUUUUGGAAAUGCGCCUUUGUAACACACGCGAAUGAGCAUGGCUGUCAUCAUGUGUGACUUUCGUGGAAGGAUGUUCCAGUUUCAAAAGAGAGCCUAAAGGAGGUCUUGCCGAGAACAGAUCUUCUGACCCUGUGUGAAUAAAUGUGCGCAGUUGUAAAGAAGCUGGGCAGAAAAACUUUGCACAGAAAGUCGCCACCAUUGAAUGCAUGGAGGAGAUCGCGGGAGUCUAUGUGCUGCUGGUAUUCACCAUCCUCCUCGUCAUUUCAGUCAUUACUUUAUUCAUACAUGUUCAAAAAUUACGAAAAACCGUCGAAAUGCUAACGAGACCAUUCGAAUACUGCAACCCAUUCGUUACAGUGGUCGAACGUCGAAGAAAAAAUAAGCAAAAAGACCCAAAAACAAUGGGAACACCCAGCCCUCCACCACCAAGGCCCUUAUCUGGCACAUGUCCUUGGAUUUUGGAGUCUAAGGAGAGUGUUGUUAUUGUACCCUCACGGGGAGAGUCCCCAAAGGAAGUGUUCUGCGACAACGAUUUAUCCUUAUUGGAGGUCAAUACAGCCACGUGUGAUACAUUUUAAAUACCCUUUGACAGUGAAGGUUAAAUGAACUAAUCUUUCUAUGAGAAGAGCAUUCAUGGAAAGCUAAGUAAAACUUAGCUAAAAAAAGUAAUUCAUCGUAAAGUAAUUGAAAGGUUGUAAAUUUCCCUCUGCCGUCAAGAAUGGACAACUGUCCUUCUAGCUUUAGGGUACUCCAGCUCAUCCAAGGAAAGUUAGGAACGCUUUGAUCUUCUUUCAUUCAAUACCAAAAAUUGUGUUCAGCUCUUCAAAAUUAAACCUAAUAUAUACGUAAAGAGGAUUUAUAAAUCUAUAUAAUCGAGCUUGGUGCGAGAAGAAGACUGAUCGUUCAAGACAACACUGUUCCGGCAAAAUUCUUGGUCAGGCUACGGUAUAUUCUGUGAUUCAUUCAUGUAUCAUUUUAAAUGUCAAAAACUUGUUUUAUAGUCGAGUUCUCACACGAAGAUGCAAAUAAUAUUACAGGCUAAAAUAGCUGUACAAACCUUCAUCAGUAGUUUCAUCUUCUAGACACCUAAAAAAAUGGUUUCUCAUACACAAAAAAACCCAUGCUUGGACAUUUCCUCCUUCCUCCCCGCGGCAGGGAGAAUCCUGGGAAUCAGUCUACCACUAGCGUCACGCAAGAAUUAGAAAGGAACAUUGAAGAUUGCGUGAUGUAAUGUUUAUAGUACGUCGUGACCAGUCGAACACAUAUAUCUUCAGAUUUCAUCCUUAUUCAGUCAUAAUCAACAAACCGUAAUUUCGCGGACAUGAACAGUUUCACCUCGGCAAUUUUUCUUGUCGUUGCCGUUGGGGAAGUUGGAGGAAAAAGCAAUCCUACCAAGAAUGAGAAACUCACAAAAGUUUACGUCCGUUUGCGCGAUUCCAGUAUUUCUUAUGCUGGACGAGUGGAGAUAAGCAACGACGAGGAGAGCUGGGGCACAAUUUGCGACAAGCACUGGACCAAAGAUGAUGCCACUGUCAUAUGCAAACAGCUAGACUUUCCGCUUGCAGUGGCCGCUGUCCCCAUGGCUGGCUUUAGCGCAGGCACAGGACCUAUAUUUCUUAAAGAUGUGAAGUGCACCGGGAGGGAGAGAUCACUGCUAGAAUGCGAAUACGACGUAUGGAAAAAGCAUGACGUCAAUGAGUCAUGUGACCACAGCAUGGAUGUGGGAGUUGUCUGCUACCCUCAUAAAGAAAUUUUGCCUAUAAUCAUUAUGAUAGUCUUGGGAUUUCUUCUUGGAGUAUCCUGCCUUGUAAACGUCUGCUUAAUCUACUACGUGUGCUGCAAACGAAAACGAAAGAAAAAACGUCAUUUGACGGCCGUGCAACAGAGCACCUUAUCAAGAAGAACUGGAUCACAAGCAGGGCUAGACAAUUUGGGGAUACAGAGCGACAUUUGCACAGAACCGUCUACUAAUAUCAGACAAAACAACUUACUAAUCCAGAAAAACGGAAUCAAGCCGGCCGACCCAAGUGAAGAUGAAAAUUCUAAACAACUAUCGAGAGAAGCAGCCGCUGAUCAGUGGGAGAUGGAGCAACAUGUUUAUCAGCGGCUGCAAUCAUGUGUAUUAGAUCCGAUGUCCGAGGAGUACAUAGAAAUUUUGGAACACGGACCCCAAAAGUCGCCCAAUCAACACGCAGAAAGGAAGGAGAUUGUAAAAUCAGUUAGGGCUGCUAGUUACCAGUCUCUUAAACCGAAAGGAUUGGAACACAGUAAGGAUGAUGGGAAUGGAAAGGUGAAUCGCUACGAACAUUUACAGCUGCGAGAUAGACUCCCAGAAGAAGUCCAGCCUUCCCUGGUCGAGCAGGGCCCGAGCACCAAUGAGAAUGCAAACGAAGAUAUCCCCGAUUAUGUUGAUAUUGUUGAUGAUAGCAGGUUAGUGACGAAUGCUAAGGCACCGCCUACGUCAUCGGGAACAACAAUCAGUAAUUUAUAUGAAACGCUAAAACCAGCACAGGGCUCUCCAUCACAUCAAGUGGACGCAGCCGGCCCAUGCUCGACACCAGCUGCGGACCAGAAUUCCGUUCAAGUGGCGAGCCAAGAAGAAGAUAAUUACAUGGAACUUCUAGCCUGAGAACGAGGCUACUAGAUUAUGAACUACCUGAUUGAAAUUAGGCUCUGACGAAUGUGAUUAAUAGCGCUGA